AAUAACAAAUAUCCAGGAAGUGAGGCGAAGCGAAGUGCAUCUGACAAAAGUAAACAACACCGCGUCAUGUCAUCUCACAGAUGUAUAUUUUGCAAAAUUGCCAAAGGAGAUGACCCCAAGACAACAAUACUGUUUCAGGAUGAUGAAAUCGUUGUUUUCAAGGACAGGAAACCUGCGACGUCGCAUCAUUAUCUUGUCGUCCCGAAAAGCCACAAGACCGAUGCAAAGAGUCUGGGAGCAGACGACAUCCAACUCGUCAACACGUUGGUCUCCGUAGGGAAUCGUGUUUUGGAAGAGAACGGUGGACAGGUGUCAGAUGCGUUGAUGGGAUUUCACUGGCCGCCAUUUCAUAGCAUCAGUCACCUGCAUCUGCACGUCAUCUCGGCCAGGCAGGACAUGGGGUGGAUAGCGAGGGGUAUUUUCAGACCCAACACGUUGUGGUUUGUUACUGUGGAGUGGCUGCUGGACAGGCUUACAAAGAUGAAGAACAACAUAGAGUGAUGGUCAUGGAUUGAAAUGUAUGGAAACUGGUCCUAUUUAAUGAAAUAUCGGAGCAUUGAUUUGUGCCACAUUUUUAAUGAAACUCAUGACAUAUCGUAAUGUUUGGAGAAUACAUGAUGUGACAAGCCAUUUACAUGGUAUCUCUCCUUGAUAGUUCAGGAUAUAUAUAAAUUCUACAUGGACACAC